AGCCCGGCUUUGUUUCCGGGACUGAAACGCGGCUGUUCUCAACCGGGUUUCCACCCUGCAGGGGACGCCGAGAGUCACCCCUGCGUAGGCGUAGCGGUCCGCAAAGCCCCAAGAGUCCGUGGGCGGGGAGGUUUGAGCGCUUUCCGGAGGCAGGAGGAGCCGCAACAUUCAGGCUCACGCCGGCUCCCCAGACAGAACGCCCUGGCCGGAUGAGGACCUCCAGGCCGGCGCCGGGAGCCCAGCGCAGCCCGGACCGCAAGCGUGCCUCGGCCAUAGAGCGAUAGACAGGAUGCGGCUGGGCCGCAGGGCGCUCUGCGCGUUGGUCCUGCUGCUUGCCUGCACCUCGCUGGGGCUCCUGUACGCUAGCACCCGGAGCUCGCCGGGCCUCCAGGCUCCCUCGGCGCUUUGGGCGCCCCCGCAGGGUCCCCCCAGGCCUCAGCUGCCAGCUCUUACCCCAGAGCCUCGCUACGCACAUAUCCCAGUCAAGAUCAAGGAGCAGGUGGUGGGGCUGCUGGCUCAGAACAACUGCAGUUGUGAGUCCAGUGGGAGGGGCCUUUCCCUCCUCUUCCAGAGGCAAGUCCAAGCCUUUGACUUCACUAAGGCCUUUGACCCUCAGGAGCUGAGGGCUGCCUCUGCCGCCAGGGAGCAGGAGUUUCAGGCCUUCCUCUCAAGGAGCCGGUCCCCAACGGACCAGCUGCUCAUAGCCCCUGCCAAUUCUCCCCUACAGUACCCCCUGCAGGGCGUGGAGGUGCAGCCCCUCAGGAGCAUCUUAGUGCCAGGGCUAAGCCUGCAGGCAGCUUCAGGUCGGGAGCUAUACCAGGUGAACCUGACGGCCUCCCUGGGCACCUGGGAUGUGGCAGGGGAAGUGACAGGAGUGACUCUCACUGGAGAGGGGCAGCCGGACCUCACACUCACCAGCCCAGGGCUGGACCAGCUCAACCGGCAGCUGCAGCUGGUCACUUAUAAUAGCCGAAGCUACCAGGCCAACACAGCAGACACAGUCCGGUUCUCCACUGAGGGACACGAGGCUGCCUUCACCAUCCGCAUCAGACACCCGCCCAACCCGCGGCUGUACCCGCCUGGGGCUCUACCCCAGGGAGCCCAGUACGACAUCAGCGCUCUGGUUACCAUUGCCACCAAGACUUUCCUUCGUUAUGACCGGCUACGGGUUCUCAUCGCCAGCAUCCGCCGCUUCUACCCGACGGUCACCGUGGUCAUCGCUGACGACAGCGAGAAGCCGGAGCUCGUCAGCGGCCCACAUAUCGAGCACUAUGUCAUGCCCUUUGGCAAGGGGUGGUUCGCAGGCAGGAACCUGGCCGUAUCCCAAGUGACCACCAAGUACGUGUUAUGGGUGGACGACGAUUUCGUUUUCACUGCACGGACGCGGCUGGAGAGACUGGUGGACGUGCUGGAGAGGACGCCGCUGGAUCUGGUCGGGGGCGCGGUGCGCGAGAUCUCGGGCUUCGCCACCACGUUCCGGCAGCUGCUGACCGUGGAGCCCGGCGCGCCGGGCCGCGGGAACUGCCUCCGGCAGAGGCGCGGCUUCCACCACGAGCUCGUCGGCUUCCCGGGCUGCGUGGUCACCGACGGCGUGGUCAACUUCUUCUUAGCGCGAACUGACAAGGUGCGCGAGGUCGGCUUCGACCCGCGCCUCAGCCGAGUAGCCCAUCUGGAAUUCUUCCUGGAUGGGCUUGGUUCCCUUCAAGUGGGCUCCUGCUCAGACGUCGUUGUGGAUCAUGCGUCCAAGGUGAAGCUUCCUUGGGUGUCAAGGGAUGCCAUGUCAGAGGCUUAUGCCCGGUAUCGCUACCCGGGAUCACUGGACGAAAGUCAGGUGGCCAAACACCGCCUGCUUUUCUUCAAACACCGGCUGCAGUGCGUGACCACGGAGUGAGGGCCACCCAGGGCCUUUUGAUUAUCAAGCUGGACUUGCCUCCUCGUCCCUGCCAGGAAUUUCCAGCAAACCCCACCGCCCAGUGACCAUUCGACUGACUGUCUCCGACCCUCCAGCCCCUCACCCCUCAUCUUCAGAACCUAAUCCCACACAGGGGCUUGUCCGGGUGACACCCCUCCUUUCCUAGAGUGCCCAGGGGCAUGAUGGAGCCAUACCUUCUCCCACAGCCAGUGCCAAGUCUUCCUCCAGACCUCAUUCUAAUGGAGCAGGAAAUGGGGGCUUGCUUUCCAAGUGCCAAAGAGCCCAGGGGGACCCUAAGAACCUAAAGUAGAAACCCUCUGCUCUCAUCUCCUUGGGACUGGUGGGUGGGGAACCCCCCCAGAUGUAAUCCCAGGGCUGUACCCUGCACUCCAUCUCUGGAUCCAGGACUCUGUGCACUGGCUCCAGCCCCAACCCCAUGGAGAGAACUGAUGACUCUGGAGCUGAGAUGGGGGCUGGUGAAAACACAGUCAAAGCCA